AGAGACAAGACCACAACUUGGUCGCCGCUCGAUCCUCGCUAUGCCCAUGGAGCGCUCCAUCCGCCGUGAUCGCUCACGCGACCCUGAAGACGACGCCAGUAGCGACACGGGCACCAGCACGCGUUUGCGUCGCCGUAUGCGCAGUAUGGUUGGCGAUUCAACAUCGGACGGCGCAGACACGGACGCCAGCUCAGCCGGCCAGACGAUGGACGAGCCUCAGCGCCGCCCAAGCCGCCGAGGCAGAGCACGCAAGACCGUGGAGGAUACUCGCAAGUCUAUGCGUAACACCGACGAGCACCAGUCGCCGCCGUCGGGAGAUGAAUAUGAUGAUGAGGAUGACGACGACAACAACGAGGUCAAUGAACGACGCCAACGCUCGUUGUCCAAUGUCUCUAAUACCUCGUCUACAUCGGGCUCCUCGUUGACGUCAGAGCCACUCACUGAGGAACAACGUCGCGCUCGCGCCGAGCAGCAAAUGGCUGAGCUGGAGCAGAAGAAGAAAAUGGUGGAGGACGGCACACUCGCCGAGUUCUGUCGCCGCGUAGCUGCCUUCAAGGAGGAACGGAACCGCCUGCUGCAGACGGCGGAACUGCACAAAAAUCUGCAGCUCAAGAACGGACAGGAUCUGUACAAGUUUGAGGUGCAACGAGCGCAUCACCUGUGGAAGAAUGACAGGAAAGAGCUCAAGGAAGAGCUACUGGGCAAAGUGGACGCCGUCAUGGCCAAGCUCCAGACGGAGAUGAAGGCGCUGUCCGAGCCCGGAGCGAAGAUUGCGAACAUUGAGAUGAAACCUAAACAGAAGCCGAAAGUGGACAAGGCAGACAAGCCGUCAGUGAAUGUUGCAGUUGUCAAGGAGAAGACCGACGAGGGCAAGAAGACUAGCGAGCCGGAACAAGAGGAGGGUGAAGUGCCGGAGCCACCUGCAACAACAAAAGAAGUUCCUCUAGUCAAACGACGCAAAAUGGACCCGACAGCAAUCGGAGAUCCUGUCGAAGUGUCGAAGUUGCUACCGGUGGAGGCGGUGCGCUUACCGUUUGAUGACGUCAAUUCCGACAUUGCUGCUAUUGUUGGCGACCACAAGAAGACAGCACAAGCCUCGGUCGAGCAGUUGCCAAACAACGGAAACCUGCCCUUCAAGCUCGAGCGACGGCGGCUGUUCUGCGGCAAGAACGUGUUUGAAGAUGGAGACGAGGUGCAUGUUACGAUGCCACUGAUCCAUGAGGAGUAUACGGGGACGAUUUCUUCCAUCACGGACGACGCAAUCUACAUCAAGCUGGCAUCAGGCCAGAAGGCACGCGUCUUGCUGCCGCAUCUCGAGCGCCGCCGCUGCGAGCUUAAGCCACUGCUGCGUGGUACCACGUCCACGGGUAGUCUCCACAGCAUGGGCUGGUCAGAGUACGAUACGUUAUACUAAGGCUGUCCCUCGUAUAGAGCUCGUGAAUUGCUCAACCCUUUUACUGUGUAAUGUUCAUGUACUACUUUGCUUCUCUGGUGCCACCAUCCACCACGGGAGUUCGUAUUAUCUGCUUUUUGUUUUGCCUGCAUAGCGCCAGUCG